UGACUCUCAGGCAACGAUUCGACUAUACUGUACGCCUUCACAAUGGAGAGUGACCGGUUGCCUCGAUCUAGGCGGAUGUUCGAUUUUCUAACGAACAUUCUCGAAACCAUUUUUAGGAGCACCGUAGUCCACGUGCUUCCGCUAAUAGUACAGACAACAUCCACCAGGGCGCAUGCACGGCCGGUACAUCCAGAAGCUGGCGCGCUCUCGCGGGUGCCGUCUUACAAGACAAGUACAAGCUGAACAGCAAGGGACUAAAGAUCGAGCGUUGCGGUACACUCCUGGUAGUAGUUCUAGAUUGUAUGUGAACACCGGAGAUAUAACCCUCCAGGUUUCUAGACGAGACAACAGAAAAUACGAAGUUGACAAUAGACUCGGGAAAACCCAGUCUGCGUAGUAUAGGGAGUAACACUUCAGGGACCACGUUAUCAAAUGCCCCCUCGAUAUCUAAGAAAGCUGCGCCUGUUAACUGACGAUUAUUAUUAGCAAGUUUCACGUGAGAUAUGAAAAUAGCUAGGUUAUCUAUGCAAGACAGGCCACGUCAAAACCCGAACUGAUAGGGAGCAAUUAAGUUGUUGUGCUCAGACCACCACUCCAUGCGUCUUUGAACUAUCUUUUCCAAUAACUUAAGUAAGUUGUUGGCAAGAGAAAUAGGGCGGUACGCUCCUUUCAUUCCCGGUUUGGGAAUAAACACUACAAAGUAGUUUUGCCACUGAGCAGGAUAUACCCUGGACUCCAACAUAAUGUUAAACAGCUUGCAGAAGCAGGAGUGUAACACAAGUGGAAAAUGAGAAAUGACUUUAUUGGAAGAUCUGGGCCAGGAGCCGAUUUCAUUUUAACUGAGUUGGCUACAGAAAGAUAUUCUUCUAAGCUGACACGUGCAGAGAGCACAGAACUAUCCACUGAGCCUGCCACGGCUGAGACGCACUCCAAGAGAUUGGUGUGAUUAGGUACAGGAAUCUGAUGAGUAGGAGCGAUUUUAUCAAAUACCGUACAGAAGCUGUUCAUAUCUAUAUUAUUCCUAUUGUUAUCAGAACGCGAGUAGUUCCUAGCAUGGGAAAAGGCCUUAAUAGUGCUCCAGACUGAGCCAAUAUCCGAGCGUGCAUGCAAGAAGCCACAGAAAGACCGAAAGGCCUUCCUUUUCUUUGUACGUAGGAAUCGUGACACUUCUUUGGAGAUUUUGAUGUACGACGACAGAUUGGCAAGACAGGAGUGGUUUCUGAAGAUGGUAAACGCUUUUCUCUUUUUUUGGAUCUCACAAGAGCAUGUGUCAUCCCACCAAGGUGUAGGCGGCUUUCGGGAGGGGCGAGAACAACUAAUGACCUUAGCGCCUGACGCAACAAGACUGUCUAAGAUCAACCGAGUAAGAUGAUUAUACGUGGUAUCUACACCAUUAUCCGCUACAAUUUUGUCCAGAUUUGAAGAGUAUUCUUGAGAAAACUGAACACAAGACUGUUGGGAGGCGUUCCAGUCGACUGCUUUUAAAGAUAUGUAGAGAUGGCAAGAAAUAGAGCCUGUAUACCUGUUGUACACACAGAUAUAAACCGGAUAGUGGUCGCUACCGUGACUACACUCAUCUCCACUAGCAGUUUAAGACCAGUUCAGGAGAGGCCAAAGUGAUAUCUAGCGUCGAUUCGUUGGAAAGGUCAGAUGAAGACCACGUUCUGUUGCCGUUAUUCAAAACCGACCAGACAGAAUUAGUGAUGGCUAGUUCCAACUUUCGUCCUUCAACGUCUGUGCGGAUCCAAGGGCCACCCCAACAAGGGCUUUUUUCAUUAAAAUCUUCACAAAUCAGAGCCGGUUCAAACUUAGAGCUCAGCUAAAGAAAAGAAGACCAGAAGUUAGCGUCAGUGGUCUAGUUUCCACCGAAACCUUCAAUUCGGUUUCACUCCGGUACGGAUUAAAUUUAGUGUUCCGUUUCCAUUGGAAGUAGAAUAGAAGUGAGAAAAAUUGAUAUUUCAGUAGAGCCAACUCAAAACUCGCUUGUGUAAAUAUAAACAGACAUGACCUGAAAAGAAUAUAAUCCGAGAAACUUCUAACCUAACCUAACCUUAAUCAAUAGUCCCAAUGCUAAUUUGCAGUCCAGCAUUAAUAUCACAGCACACUUUCUCACUAUAAAAAUUAUAUAAUUCGCUAGAAAUAAAAAUGUUGGCAGAAAAGAGAGUAUUUUCCCAUUAGAGCAUGAAUAUUUCCAGUGUAAGUUGUUUGGCUUUUUCUUCUAAAACUUUUUUUUCUGUAAUCCGAGUAAUCUCCACUAGUGCCUCUGCUGCCAUUAUCUCUACAUGAUUUUUUUCUUCUAAUUUUAGCAUGGUGAAGAGCGGUGUUUGGACUAAAGAAUCUCCUAAAAUUGUCGUUGAAAUUUGACAAGGAUUUAGACCCGGUUUCACAAUUCGCGAUUAACUCGAAUUAACCGAAGUUCGACUUGCUGAGCUCGGUUUAACGCGUUCAAUCUUCUUUGUCAAAUCUUCGCUAACCAAUCACAGUUCAUGUUUAGGAAGAAAAGAUGCGUUACGCCGAGUUCAGCAAGUUGGGCUUCCGUUAAUUCGAGUUAACCGUCAAUUGUGAAACCGGGCCUUAGUGCAGCAACCUUAGCACAUAAAGGUUUUGAGUGCACUAAUCAAACACUAAUCGCUGAGGAUCAAUAUCACUGGUAUGGCGGUGAUGGCGGUGAUAGAGAAGCAGCUUUACACGGCGUGAUCGUUUACGACAGGAGGAAAAAAAUGGCAUGCAGUAUUUCUCGCCGGUCGUUGACGCGACGAAGGUGUGCCUGCGUAAGGCGUUUUCACCAGGUGACAGCUCAGUGUCAGGAAUUACGUUAGUCAAAAAAGAGGGGAGAUUCCUUGUUGACGGGAGGAGUAUACGGCGCAUUUUGUGAGACAGAGAAGAGCUGGACUUAUUGAAACCGAUUGAUACUCGCACACGCUACACCACGACAACAUAAACAAUCACCAUGGCGAAAGAGAUGAUGAUAGUGUUUGUUUAUGACACUGCAAAAUGUUGUAAAGAGGAGGAUGACCCUGCUGAAGCAGUUAUGUACUUUCAUCCAGCCUGGGUAUCUCUCACACAGAGACUGGCUCUAGCGGGGCAGCUGAUGGGUGUGCACCAUUUUCUGACAACGUCAUUUUCAGCACCUCACUGCAUCACAUUACAAGGUGGAAAAUUUGUGUUAAAGAGAUUUGGGCAGUAUGUGUUGGCAGUGGGAACUGACAGAAACAUACAAGACUGGAUACUCGAAAGACGCGCUGAUAUUCUGGAAUCGUUGUUAAAAUUCUUUCACUGUGAUUUCGCCAACAUAUUGGAAUCUCUCAGUAAUGAUCGCAACAGGUUCACUGAGAAACUGUAUCAGAUGUUUGAGACUUAUCUACCAAUUCUUCAACAUAGUGCCAAUCUAUUUUCUAAUAUUCCUGUUAUUAAACUUCCAAAGAGUGCUAGUAACAUAUUCCUAGAAGCAAUGCAAGUGUUACAGCAAUGUCAAGAAAUAAAUGGCAUAUUAGGUGGCGCAUUGUUUUAUAAUAACAAGAUAGUUUCAACUCAGCUAGGUGCAGACUUGACAAAACAAAUCGUCAUAACCGACCCUUAUAGGAUAAAGGCUCCCGCGGACAAGAUACCAACGGAAUUUCAUCUACCCAUUGGUGUACAAUUACUACAAGUGUACGUGGAACGGAAACAAUUCGCAAAGCUGUUGCAAGAAGCAAAUAAUGAGCGGUAUUACAAUUCGUGCUUAGAUGUUGUGACUAAAAAGAUAUUACAGCGAAAGAAUGUAUCCAAGAGCAGCAUUAAGGAACCUCCUCCCACAUUAGGUAUGAAACGCGACACUUCGCGGAUCUUUACUGUUCCCGAGGAAGGCGAAUUGGAUUCCUCGAAUUACCCGUUGGUGCAGCAAUAUGUGCCAUCAGUGCCGCUUGUUCCCAACCACGAGUCGCCAAUACGACGCAAGCAGGAAAUCAAAUUGGAACGUUCAAAAGCUACUACUAUCACUACCAAUCCACUUACGCCUAGUGUGUGUGCAACACCGUUGAAAGACGUAGACCGAGUGCUGCAUGAAAACGCUAUGCUCAUUUGUUCGUCCGAGAGCGGCGGCGAAAAUGACGAACACCGAAGCUCAUUGAAAGACAACAACGACGAUAUUCCCGACGUUGUUAAAGAGGCACUCAGAUGUAAACGUUUAAACAAGUUGAGAAAUGCUACCUCGAAGGAAAAGUUGAUAAAGAAGCGAGAAUCCGAUAGGAAGAGUGUAAGCCUGCCAGAUCUGACAUCGUUGAUUAAACCACGUUUGAACGAUGCUCCUAGGAUUUAUCGACUAGAACUAGAUAAAAUAGUAUUUAGCGAAAUUUCUCCGGAUGACCGUGACGUUAAUUCGCCCGAACGAAAACUUGCUUCUGGCAGAAAUAAGCGACACUCACGCUCCAUCACAGAUCCCUGUUUUCCUGUUUUUCGCUACGAUGGUCUACCAGUUUCUCAAUCGUUAUAUGAACAGUAUGUUGCCUCGCACUGCGAAGAGUUGCGUGAUGAUGGCCGCAACUAUAAGCGUCACGAUGAUAGUAACAAUCUUCAAUUGAAAAACUUGUCGAGCAACCUGACAAGCUUAAAAAUGUCUACGAACAACAACAGCAACGUCGUAACAAACACUUGUGAAGAGCGCGUCAAGCCCAGCUGUCCGUAUGACAAAAACAAGCAGGAGACGUACAAGAGAUCAAUGAGUUUGCCGCUGAAGCCGCUCAAUGUUGUCGCCGAAAUACAUAACGGAGAUGAUCGACGAAAAUCGACGUCCGAGUGCGGUGGUGGUAGCUCGUGCGAGUUUCCUCAGAGACGGAAGCUGGACGGUCUGCAGCUGACGCCACUGAUGUCAAAACUGAGCCUGCUGGCUGACGAACGUACCAGCGGCUUCUGUAGUCGCGAAACUACACCGAGUGAGUUUCGUGAUUUUUCCGGAUUUUCCGGCGGUGCAGCAGCUACCACGGCCGCCGCCACAACGAUAUCGACAACAAAUCAAUUCAUUAGGCAGAAACUAGAGUCAGUUGAAAAGGAAGAGAGUGACGGUGAGGACGAGCUUGACGAAGACUGGAUUAACAACAAAAACGAAUCUGCUGCCUGCUUGGAAAAAGCAGAGCUUUUUCUCUGCGGUUAUCAGAAUAUGGUGCUGGUGCUGUUGAUGGAAAACGGUACUGCGAACAAUCCGGAGUUGAUACACUCUUUGUGGCAUACUUGCGUAAGUACGUUAGGUAAACUCGAGUCGCGGCUGCAGCAAUGUCUGGAACCAUUACCGUCUACGGAAAACAAAGAGUUAUACAGUAUUCUAAACGUAGACUCGCAGUGGGAUACGGUGCAACGUUCCGGACUCUGGGGUGUUACCGAGUUAGACAUUGUGUCCUGUCUUCACGACAGAUUUAAGCAAACGAGCAGUUUAACGGACAUCAUUGUUAGAACGGAAGACACGGUAGUUUACGGCAAUCAAUGCGGAGGAGUAGAAGUGUUCUAUCAGCAAGCGGUGGCGCCGAGUUCUUUCGCGGCUCUUCCUACGCCGGCGGAUUUGAUGGGGAUCGUGGCUCUCAAGGCAAAGCGUCGAUUGGAAAGAGAUCACGGAAUCGUGCUGUUGUAAAUCCAAGAUUGCGCGUUAUUUUUUUUUUCAGAAAAAAAAAGAAACGAAAACUAGCGCAUAUGUCCCCCAAUUUCGCUUAUUUAUUCUCGGGAGAAAACAGAUAAGUUCGACACUUCCUGGUGUCUCUUGUACUAUAUAUCACAAAGAAAAAAACGGAACGUUUUAUUAUAUCUUUGACCGAAAUAAUUAAUAAUUUUAACAGCGGAAAAAAAAAGGUAUGGAACAUUUUUCUAAAUGUAUUUUUGUAAUCUGUAAUUUUCCAAACGUAUUGAACAUAAUUUUCGGGUAAAUUGGCAACGAGCAAAACAACUUUUAUAUGUCGCUCUGCAAUGUACUUAUAUAGUGUAUACAAUCCAAAUACCAAUUAAGCAAUUUAUCAAAGCAGCAGAUUCUUCAUCGACUUGUGUUUUAUCGUUCACAUCAUUUCGGAGAUAAAUAUUAUACGGUGAACAAUUAUUUGUAGGACAUGUACGUUACGGUAUUGUGUAUGAGAUGUCUAGUGAAAUCGAGUCAUAGACACGCAACAGUUUUUCCUUUUGAAACUUGGAAGCAAUCCCAGCAGAAUUCUCAACAUUCUCGAUUUGUGGACAUCUUGUAUAUAUAGCCGACAUACUGUACAUAUAUGUACACAUGUAACACGUUAUUAGUAAUUUAUUUGCAUUUUAAUCAAGCGCUAACGCGCCUUAGUAAGGCGCGCUCAGUUUUAUUAGAGAGAAAAUAGUUGAGAAUAAUGUCCGCAUAAAAAAAAAGAAAUCAGUAUUCCACGAACGCGCUUCGUCCAGUAUUUCUAGUCGUCCGAAUUGCUUUUUGUAGGCAAGAUUAAAAUUGAAGUAUAAUAAUAAUAAUAUUAUUAUUAUAGGACGCGCCAGAGAGUUUGUCCGACGUUGUCAAUUUUAAUGUAAAAAUGUUUUAUGCGGCUGUUUUUUAUGUAGCAAUUUUUUGUAAUAUCAAGAAUACUCAGUGUUAAAUUUGUUCUCGUCUCGCGAUAUUUAAAUAAAACUGUCAACAAAAAAAUAACUGCGAGAGACGAGUUUUUAACAUUGGCGAUAUGCAAACGUGUUAGUCCCCACAUGUUUAUGUUGCGAUUAAUACUUCAAUGUUAUAUUUAACAUAUUAUUAUAUCGACGAGAUUUCACGCCAAGCAAUAAUGAGAACUGUGUUACAUCACCGUGCAUUCUUCGCGUGAUUGUUUCUUUUUUAUACAGAGAAUCUUCCUUCUCUUGCGUUUAUAAAGCAUAAUAAAUUUCGUCGGUAAAGCAUCUUAA